CGCCCCGCCACGCCGAAGUUUGUUGCUCGCAGGCGGCCGGCGAAAAAGCGACGCGGUUUCUGGCGGUGGAGCAAAAGUUUUCCUCCCUUUGUUUUGGCAGCCCGGCUGGCUGGGGGAGCCUUCCACGCGGGCGGAGGAGGACGCGGCGGGGCAGAUGCCACAUAGCCGGCGUGUGUGUGUGUGUCGCCCCCUCCGCCCUGCGCUCGCUUCGGUACCCGUGGAACGCAAAUAGGAAUAUAUAUCUAUUUUUCUUCCUCCCUUUUUCUUGAAGAAUAUUGGAUUAAACAGCUUUCCUCGGGGUGUUACAUGAAGAAGACCACCCCCCCCCGCGGCUCGUGGAGUGUCGGAUUAAGGGCCCCGUUACAUUCUUUGGAAGCCCCCCCCUCGUUGGAGUGUCUGGAUUAAUUAACAGCCGACCUUUUCUUUGGAAGAUCCACCCCCAACUCUUCGGUUCUUGGAGGUGUUUGGAUUAAGAGACGCUUCUUCCCCCCUUUUCUUGAUGGAGUUCCGGGUUUAACGCCUUCUAUCCGAUUUGGAAGUACACCCCCUUUUUGGGGGGGGCAGUUGGGUUAAGUGUCCUUCUCUCCCCCCUUUUUUUCCUUGUGUGUGUGUGUGUGUGGGGGUGCUGGGAUUCCCUCUAGGGGCAAGAGCGGGUCGCCUUUUGGUUCCGUUUGUUCCUCGUUCGCCCCCCCGCUCUCCGGAGUGAGUAGAUGCUGCAAGAGAGGGGCCACCCCGCGGCUCUCUCCUUCCCCCCAGCCAUGUCGGCGACGACGAUCUCGGCCGCGGAGAAGGUGGAUGGCUUCACGCGGCGGUCGGUGCGCAAGGCUCAGAAGCAGAAGCGGUCGCAAGGCUCGUCGCAGUUCCGGACCCAGAGCAGCCCCGUAGAGCUCCUCCCGCUGCCCCAGCUCAAAGAUGCCACUACAAAUGAACAGCAAGACCUUUUUUGUCAGAAAUUGCAGCAAUGUUGUGUAUUGUUUGAUUUCAUGGACUCUGUCUCUGACCUGAGGAGCAAAGAAAUUAAAAGAGCAACCCUGAAUGAACUGGUGGAAUAUGUUUCAACAAAUCGUGGUGUGAUUACUGAAUCAGCAUAUUCUGACAUAGUGAAAAUGAUUAGCUCCAAUAUCUUCAGAACACUUCCACCGAGUGAAAAUCCAGAUUUUGAUCCAGAGGAAGAUGAACCUACAUUAGAAGCUUCGUGGCCUCAUAUACAGCUGGUGUAUGAAUUUUUGCUGAGGUUUUUAGAAAGUCCUGAUUUUCAACCUAGCAUUGCAAAACGGUUUAUUGACCAGAAAUUCGUACAACAGCUUUUGGAGCUUUUUGACAGUGAAGACCCACGAGAGCGUGACUUUCUAAAAACAGUGCUUCAUCGAAUUUAUGGCAAAUUCCUUGGAUUAAGAGCAUUCAUCAGAAAACAAAUCAACAAUAUUUUUCUCAGGUUUAUAUAUGAAACAGAACAUUUCAACGGUGUUGCUGAGUUACUUGAAAUACUAGGAAGUAUUAUCAAUGGCUUUGCAUUGCCGCUGAAAGCUGAACAUAAACAGUUCCUUAUGAAGGUUCUUAUUCCUAUGCACACAGCAAAGGGAUUAGCUUUAUUUCAUGCACAGUUGGCUUAUUGUGUUGUUCAGUUCCUGGAGAAAGAUAUGACUUUAACAGAGCCAGUUAUCAGAGGAUUGCUUAAAUUUUGGCCAAAAACAUGCAGCCAGAAAGAGGUCAUGUUUUUAGGUGAAAUUGAAGAAAUCUUGGAUGUAAUAGAACCAACACAAUUCAAGAAGAUUCAAGAACCUCUCUUUAAGCAGUUAGCUAAAUGUGUGUCGAGUUCCCAUUUUCAGGUUGCAGAAAGGGCUUUGUACUUCUGGAAUAAUGAAUAUAUACUUGGUCUCAUUGAGGAGAACAUUGAUACAAUUCUGCCAAUUAUGUUUGGUAGUUUAUACAAGAUCUCCAAAGAACACUGGAAUCCGACCAUUGUAGCAUUAGUAUAUAAUGUGCUGAAAACACUCAUGGAGAUGAAUGGAAAACUGUUUGAUGAACUCACAAGCACUUAUAAAGCCGAAAGACAAAGAGAGAAGAGGAAAGAGCUAGAGCGUGAAGAACUGUGGAAGAAGCUGGAAGAACUGAAGUUAACCAAAGCCCUGUCUGGCCAGCUUAGUAACACGUCCUCCACGAUAAAUGCACCAAAUGAUCAAGUGCCAAAUGAAAGUGACAGCCUCUCUUUGUGAGGCAUACCUUUUAUACACAAGGGUUUUUUUUUAAAUAUGUAAAAAAGCAAAAGAGAAACCUCAUCAGUAUAUUUGAAAUGGCUGUUUUUUUCCCCUUUGGCAAAAUGUAAAUGAAUUUUUUGAACUGAAAUACAAUGAUUGAAUGUGACAUUAUUCACCAUAGCAUAUUGUAAAUUUGUCUCUAAUCAUUGCUAUAUUGUCAAUUAUGACAUUUCAUAGAAAUGAAUUCUGUCAUACAUGAUGUGUGUGAUUUAAUUAUGGGAGUGGUGAAUAUUAUGACUUGAAUUUUUCUUUUCUCGUGUUGCACAUAGUCCUAGUGCCCCUCACCCGCCCCCUCUGCUUUUCACAUUACUGCAGGCCUUGGAUGAGACUCGGGAAGAGACUUCGAGCUUUUCUGUAUUUUUGAAAAUGAAGCUAAGAGUAGUCUUAUGCCUCUGUGUGUAGGAGUGGGCCUCAUUAAAUUUAGUGGGGUUUGCUUCUGAGUAAAACAAGCAUAGGAGUGAGGUGCAAUCUCUGUCUGACUGAUAUACUGUCCCAUCUGCCCAUUAUGGUGCUAUGAAUUUCAGAGCUUUGUUUCACAAAGAGCCUUGGGGUCGAGAGUAUAGCACAUCAUUUGUUCUCUCUAUCUCUUUCCCAUCACUUUUAGUCACAAAGGUGAGCCUAUUUACCCUACCUGCUUCUGCACGUCCUUAUCACUGAUCCUGAAUCCUGUUGUGUGUUGGUGGCUGAACAUCUGAAGGGGGUGGGCUUUUCUUCUUAAUCAGGCUCCCUAUGCAAUUCAAACAUCUGAAGAUCAUGAUUUUAAAUUGUUCAGGGAGACUUUUCAAGUACAGAAGCACUCUUUGUUACAGACAUUUGACCCCCCUGGACAUAGGAGGGAGACAGCAGGAAUGGUUGUUGGGUCCUAUGGAACGCUCAUCCCUGCUCUUGCCCUUGCCCUCCCUUUCCAGCAACAGUAAUCAUGUGGUAGGUGGUGGUUACAGGGCAUAUGUCUUUAAGUGUGCCACAGGUUGAAAACAUGAUGUAGCAUGGAUGAGCUCUAGUUGAUUAAUGAGGAAUCAUAAAAUUCUACUCAGAGGUUACCCCGCUAUGUGUUAAGCCUUCAGAUGUCUCUUUUUUGUGAGUAUUUAAUACUCGUGUUACUUGGUUCUGAACCUGAUUGGAAACUAUCAGUGAAUCUCCCCAAUGAAUUCAAAUGUUUGUGUAGAGCCUGGCAGUUCUUUGUUUCAACCUGGCUUUGCAAGAUAGUCAAGCCCCUUAUUAAAAACUUAGGUUGUGCAAUUCCUUUCCAGGUAUCAAAACAUCUAUGUAAUGAAUAAGUUUCUUGUUUUGUUUCCAGAAUACAUUGUGUUAAAAAUGGCAAAAGCUGGCCCUAGAAGUUUUGUCUGUCUUUAUUCAAUCAUUUGG